CUCUAAACAAGAUCUAUUUGAUCUCACCUUUGAGAUGAAACACACCUCGAAGCAGCUAGACAAGCAAGCUAAUAGGGUCGAAGCUAAUAUGAAGAAGGAAGAAGCCAAAGUUAUAGCUCUAAUGAACUCAGGAAAUCAUGACGCUGCAAGAAUUUCAGCAGAAAGCGUAAUCAGAAUGAAAGGUGAAGCUCUUAACUGAAGAAGGAUGGCUGCGCAGAUGGGAGCUGUAGCUCAAAAGUUAGAAACUGCUGAUAGAACGAAGAAUAUCUCUACUUCUAUUAAGAAGAGCGUCCCAAUUAUCCAAAAAGGACUCAGACAAAUGGAGAAAAUUGGAAUUAAUAAAGCAGUAGCAGAAUUUGACUCUGUGUUUGAAGAAUUGGAUGUCAAGGCUGAUUCAAUGAAUACUGCUCUUGAUGGAGUAUACUCCAGCUCUAUUGACCAAGGAAACGUUGAGACCUUGAUGAAGCAAUUACAGGAAUCUCAAGCUAACGAACUCGAAGGAAAUCUCGGAAGCGCACCAAUGUCUACCCUAGCUACUGACAAGAAAUCUGGUGUUAAAAAUGAGGAUGACGAUCUUAUGGCAAGACUUAAGAACCUUCAAGACUAAUACUUUCAAAUAAUUUAUUCGACCAAUACAUCAAUGAAGGAUUUUUCA